GGUGUCAGCCAGCCAGAGGUUGUGCAACUUGAACGUCAACGUUCAUGUCCCCUUCACGUUAACGUAAGACUUCAGUCCUCUUUCAGUUCUCUUAUCGCUCCUUUCUAAAGUAAACACGCCCGCACGGCAACCACGAUCCUUACGAUACCAAACAUGACUGCUACGAAGAAACUUACGCUCCUUUACUUCCUGGUUCUUUCUUUUUCCUCUGGUUUCUCAAACCCCAUUCCCGCCGAUGGAACUCCUCUCUCUCUUGAGCCGCCUACCAGCAUGGUACAGUCUGGUGAUACUUCUGUGACAACUGCUCCCAACGACGCGAACCCUUCUGCCGACCUACCUCCACCCGUGGCUGACACAGGCAUUACAACCCCAGACCCGCCAGCCCCAUCAGAUUCUAGCGAACCGGACCCUGCGACAACUGCGACACCUGCUUCAGCCCCUUGGUCUUCUCCGGUCGUCUUUGAGGUCACUUCGGACCCUCCUACGGACGAUGCGACACAGCAGGAACCACAAGCCCAGGAGACCCCAGAUUUGCUGUCGUCGGCAGAGUCUGAUCUCCCUGAACCUGCCGCCUAUCAAACACCUACUCCCACUCUUGAACCCCCGGUCGUUGUAGAUGACAUCACACCUGUUCCAGCACCGCCGAACGAGCAAGUCACCCCGGAUGCAGAUGUUGUUCCAGUGGUGGCUGCCCCUGCAACGUCCAGUGACACCCGCACCACUUAUACUGCAUCUUUCACACCACAGUCGACAGUAUCACGUACGUCGUUUACGUCGCCAGCUAGCGCUUCUACGACCAGGCAUCUGGUACCCAUACCAUCGGACGUACAUUCAGGAAUAUCUCCAGCUACGGAACGAUCUCGUCGUGCUGCCGUUGUUGGUGCUCUUCUUGCUAUAUGUAUCGUGGUUUCCCUGGUUGGUUGCUUCUUCUGCCUGCGUUGCCGUUCCCCCGGGUUCUUGCGUCGAAAAGCCGCGUCACAGAAGUACAUUGAAGAUCAAGAGAAGCAGUCCAUCAACAGCGAGAAAAAUUCUCCAAGUCCGAAGUCUUUAUCCUCGGAAGACAUGACGCUCCCUGUUCUGCAGUCAAAUACCGCUACCUCUGGCACCGCGUUCCCUCAGGAGCAAUGGCGAUACCUCGCGACCAAUAAUGCCGGACAAUACGAGGAUGUCUCACAUGCCCUCGUUGGCGGACCGUAUACAGACAUCAGCCUUGAGUCUAAUGCGGAUAUCCACAGUUCUGCAGGUUCUAUUGGUGGUGAAUCCGACGUUGCUAUCAUUGGUGACAGGACAAGUGCUGGUGCUACUAGCACCACUCAGUCAUACUCUACCUGCGGUUCUCGAUACUCCGGACAAAGUGGUGAUCAUACUCAAGACAUGUCUCUUGAAUCCAUCGAGUGCCUCCCUACGUUUCUUUGCGCCCCGCCCCCUGUUGCCAAGCAAGGACGAGCUCGAUCCAAGACAGUCACUCACUCAAGUGGUAGCCGCCUUGGUACUGCGUCAUCUACAUCUGCUCUCUUUGCUGCUAGCAAGAGCUACCCCACUAAGCUGUCCUCUUCGUUGGGAGUCAAUAGCCGUCUCAGCACUGAAAGCACGCGCAGCGAAGCUACCAAACGUUCUACUGGUUCGGAGUGGGACGUUGCGCAGGAAUAUGGAAGGUUCAGUAAGGAGAGUAUGUUGACUGCGAUCUCGGAGGAUCCAGAGCAUGUGGAGGCCGUUGAGGUUGGGGCAAAGACUUGUGUAUUAGUGACGGGAAAGUUCUAGGGGAUACACGACAUCAAAGCAAACAACAAAAACAUCUUCAGACUUCUGUAGUGUAUUCAUUCCUUCAUGAGAUAUCUCUCGAUGUAUUGGGGCACAAUUAUACGUGAGGUUGGAAUGCUUUUCAUGCAUCCAGUGAUGUUCUAGUCAAGCGAUGUGGCUGGCUUCCGGCUAGUCUGGUCUAGUUGAGGCUUCAGGUCGAAAAUGAGAGAAGUUAAGCGUGCGAGCCGAACGUGGGUCAUAACACCUGAAAAAUUCCCAUACCUCUUCGCACUUUUAUUCAAAUAUUUCUCUGAAUUUUGUUUAUUUGACUCUCAUUUUCUGGAUCCAUAGACUGUAUAAAAUGCUGGAAGUAUAUAGCACCGCAAUGUUCUAUAUUGUUCAUGUGCAGA